CCGCGCGAGGGCGAAACCAUCGUCGACAAGGACACCUUUGGCGCCUUCAUCCACGCGCCAGAUCUCGCAGUGCGACUGCGCGAAGCUGGUGUGAAGACGAUCGUAUUCGCUGGGCUCAUCACGUCUGUUUGCGUGCAACAUUCUGUUUUCAGCGCCUUUAACGCUGGUUUCCGAGUCGUCGUCGCGCACGACGCGUGCGGCGAUCGCUCUCGCGCUCGUCACGAAGCCGCAUUGAUGCUUUACGGCAACUACAUGUAUGAUGUCGCAUCGACGAGCGAGUUAGUGCAA